CCCAGAGGAGCCGCGGUAGAAGCCUUGAGAUCACCAUGGACUCCUCUCGCUCUUCCUCUUUCUCUUCCCCUUCUCAUGGAUCGCUGAACGACGCCGGCCCCGAAGCAGGCAACAGCAGCGCCGCGUUGGGAAGGCUGUAUUAUGACGCCUUCGACGACGAACCGCGUCACUUCUUGGACUGCUGCUCCCUCUGCAGGAAGCCCCUCGCGAGCAACCGCAACAUAUUCAUGUACAGAGGGGACACGCCGUUCUGCAGCGAGGAGUGCCGGCAGGAGCAGAUCGAGAUCGACGAGGCCGGGGAGAACAGCCGGAAGCUCUCCGUGAAGGUGUCCAGGUCGAGGAAGGAGCGGCGGAAGAGUGGCGAGUCCCAGAAGAUUCACGUCUGGGCCGACACUGCCGUGGCUAGGUAAACUACGGCACACUCGAUAUAAAGCUGUGGGUAGUGUACAAGGUUGAAACCCGAGAGGAGUGGCAAAGAGGAAGAAGCUCUUUUGCAUGCAUAGGGCGACGAGUGUUGUAACCUUUGCCUGGGUUGAGACUUGUUCUUCAUCGCUUUUCUUACUGUUUGUUGUUCUUGAUGAAGUGGUAAUCGAGGCUUUGAUCCCUCUCUAAUUC